AUGCCUAUCCAAUCAAGGUGGUCUACUCCGACGCCUCGAAUAUCUCUACCUAGCUGGGUCUUUGGAAGUGAACAGCAUGGCCCACGCAAUGAAAAGAUCGCUUUUGUGGAUUCUGAUGACCCAAAGAAUACUUUGACGUUUUGGGAGUUCGAGCUGUACUCAAAACGCCUGGCAAUAGGUCUUCGUCGUCUUGGCAUCACGUCGGGAGAGCGAGUCUUGGUGUUUUCUGAGAAUGGAAUCUUUGUACCUUGCCUGUUCUUUGGCAUCAUCAUGGCAGGCGCCAUCUAUACUGGCGCAACUUCGUCAAGCACGACUUUGGAGCUCAGCUACCAGUUGAAGAAUAGCGGCGCAAAGGUUCUCAUUACCAGUACGCAUCUUAUCAAAACCGCCGUUGAAUCAGCACGCAUCAGCGGCCUAGAAAAGAGCCAUGUCUUUCAUCACGACGCGCGAAGUCCCCUCAACAACAAUCUGUCUCAUGAAGGCGUACGCUCGUGGACUGAGCUUCUCAGCCCUGCUAAUGAGGCAGAAAGCUUCCAGUGGUUUGAACCGCCAAAUCCCGAGACUGCUGUAUGUUGCCUAAACUACAGCUCAGGGACAACUGGCAUGCCUAAAGGCGUAGAGGUGACGCACUUUGCCUACGUUUCCAAUGGUGAAGCGCACCUUCUACUUCAUCGACUUCAGCAAGAAGCUUGGCUGGAGUCUUAUCGUGCUCGCGCCCUAUGCUUUCUCCCACUUAACCAUGUUGCGGCACAGACAACAUUCAUUGCCAACUGUCCCAAAAUGGGCAUGGAGACCUAUGUCAUGAGGCAGUAUAACUUUAAUGACAUGCUCCGACACAUUGAGAAGUACGAGAUCACCGAGCUGAUGGUUGCUCCACCAAUUAUCUCAUCGCUCGUGGCGAACUCGGCACUGGUGGGCAAUAGCCUCAGGAGUGUGAAAAAUGUGAUUUGUGGGACAGCGCCACUUGCUUUGUCGCUGGAGCAAAGGGCAAAUGCUCUCUUCAAAGAUGACCGCGUCAUUAUUCGCCAGGGUUGGGGUAUGACAGAGUUGACUUGUCUGGGAACCAUGAACGAUCCCCGUCUAGCUGGCUCUCCGGGCUCUGUUGGUGAGGCAGCACCAAACUCGGCUAUCAAGCUGAUGAAUGGGGUAAAUGAGAUUGCGGAGGCCAAUAAACAGGGUGAACUCUGGUUUACCAGCCCGACACUCAUGGCAGGAUACUGGAAGAAUCCUGAAGCAACGAGAGAGACCAUUGUUCAACAGAAUGGCAUACGAUGGCUAAAGACAGGAGACGUCGCAUAUCUAGACUCGUGGGGACCAGGAGCAAAUAUCUACCUCGUAGAUCGUUGCAAAGAGAUCCUCAAGGUAAAAGGUUUCCAGGUUGCACCCGCUGAGCUCGAGGCGGUUCUUGCGACUCAUCCUGAUAUCAUCGACAGCGGCGUUAUUGGUGUUGGAAUCCAGGGGCACGAACUCCCAAGAGCAUAUGUCGUGAGACGUCCUGGUGCGAGUCUUAGUGCUCACGAUAUCACGAGCUGGAUUGAAAGAAGGGUCGCACGCUAUAAGCGUCUUGACGGUGGCAUAGUCUUUGUAGAUGUUAUCCCCCGAACUCAGUCCGGGAAAAUUCUGCGACGAGUCCUCCGCGAUCGCGCCAAGGAAGAGACAAAUGGGUUCAUAUCACUAAAGGCAAAACUAGCAUAA